UUUAUUAUCCCAAAUUGCCAUCUAUUUCUUGAUGCACGUUCCUAUUUGUUUCUUCUUGGCUAGUUAAUUUAUAAAAGCCAGCCGCCUUUACAAAAACUUUCAAGAUUCAGAAACAGAGAAUGAACCUACCAUUUUGACUCUGGCAGUGGCACAACCAUUCAACUACAAUACUCCACAGAUAGAUCAUCAAUCAUCAAAAACACUUUUUGGGCACAUAAUUCUGUUAACCAUAAAUAAAACCCCAUUAAAAAUGGUUUCUUGAAUCAAAAGAUCUCAUUUUUUUUUCUUUUCUCUGUAGAAGAAGUUAAGAUGAAGGGUGAUUUGUGGAUUGUGUGUUUGUUGUUCAGUUUAUUUUCUUGGGUAGUUUCAAUUUCAUCAGCUCAAAACUUUUCUGCAACUUGUCCUUUAGAUUUUGGCUAUGUUCUGAGAGCUCCAUGGUCUAGUUCUAACUGCAAAGUUCUGAAUUCAACUCCUCAGCUUCUUUCCAAUGGUUCUGCUAUUCCCACAUCAAGCAAAGGCCAGUGCUGCCAGAACCUUCUGUCCCUCUUUGGUGUUGCUAUGGCACAACACCUUAAAGAAACUUCUUUUUUCCGUUUACCCAAUCUGGAAACUUCUGUUUCUUGCAUCCAAGAAUUUCAAUCCAAGCUCAAUUCUUUGUCUCUGCCUUCAAAUCUUACCUCUUUCUGUUUUGACCCUAUUCAGUUUGUCAAUAAACCAAAAAUUUGUGCCUCAAUUCAGACCAUCCAAGAUUGGGAUAAAAGGCUGGGGAAUUCAACUGUUCUGGAUUCUGGUUGUAGGUCUGAUCUUCAGGAUUUAUCUGCCUGUGAUGGCUGUGUAGCUGCUGGCUUUAGAGUUCAGCAACAGUUGAUUGCAAUUGAUGGUAAUGCAUCUCAUUCCACUGAUUGUUUUUACUUCACUAUUUUGUAUGCUGCUGGUAUUGUCAAUGAGUUUGGUCCUGAAAGUACUGGUUCCAUGUCAUGUAUUUUUAGUAUUGAUUUGAAAAAGGAUAGUUCAUCAAGUAAACGACAUUUAGCACUAAUAUUUGGGUUGGCUGGAGCUGGUAUGGCAGUAUUAUGCAUGUCUUUGAUGUUGGGACUGUAUAUCUGGUGGAACAAAAGGUGGAGGAAAAAUGAUGAUGUGGAAAUGGAAAAUACGGUGUCUAGGCGAAGAAUGAGGCCUAAUACUGCUGUUUGGUUCAAAAUUCAGGAGCUUGAAAGGGCAACAGAUAAUUUUUCCCAAAAGAAUUUUAUAGGGAGAGGUGGAUUCGGAGUAGUUUAUAAAGGAACUUUAGCAGAUGGGACUAAUGUUGCUGUCAAAAAGAUUAUAGAAUCUGAUUUUCAAGGAAAUGAUGAGUUUUGCAAUGAGGUUGAGAUUAUUAGUAACUUGAAGCAUCGUAAUCUUGUAUCACUUAGGGGAUGUUGUGUGACUGAUGAAAAUAGGAUUGAAAGUGGGGAGAGUGAAAGGUUCCUUGUCUAUGAUUACAUGCCCAAUGGUAAUCUUGAUGACCAUUUAUUUGCUGUAAAUCAAGGUGGAAUACUGAAGCAACCAUUGACUUGGCCUCAGAGAAAAAACAUAAUUUUGGAUGUGGCAAAAGGACUAGCUUAUCUGCAUUAUGGGGUAAAGCCAGCAAUUUAUCACAGGGACAUUAAAGCUACUAAUAUUCUAUUAGAUGAAGAUAUGAGAGCGAGAGUGGCCGACUUUGGAUUGGUCAAGCAAAGUAGAGAAGGACAGUCUCAUCUUACCACCAGAGUGGCAGGAACGCAUGGCUACUUAGCUCCUGAAUAUGCUCUCUAUGGGCAAUUGACUGAGAAGAGUGAUGUUUAUAGCUUUGGAGUAGUUGUUUUGGAAAUAAUGUGCGGAAGGAAGGUCCUUGAUUUCUCUUCAGGAUCGCCUCGUGCUUUUCUGAUCACAGAUUGGGCUUGGUCGAAGGUAAAAGCUGGAAAGACAAAUGAAGUUUUGGAUACCAUCCUAGUAAAGACUGAGGAUUCAGUAAGUGCAAAUCCAAGGGGUAUAAUGGUGAGAUAUCUCCUCGUUGGAAUAUUAUGUGCUCACGUGAUGGUGGCCUUGAGGCCAACUAUAUUGGAUGCACUGAAAAUGUUAGAAGGAGAUAUUGAGGUUCCUGAAAUUCCAGAUAGACCAGCACCUCUUGGACAACCUUCAUUUUAUAAUGCUAAUGGUAACACAUUCAGCAUAUCACCAGCCUUGAGUUGCUUGCAACUGCCUGCUGGAGACAUGCUCAGGUGACCAUAUGAGGUUUUCUCAUAUUGCAUCCUUUUCUUGCUUAUCGAGAUUAGGAGAAAGCUAAUGAAAUUUCUGCUAGAGUUGAACCUGGGAAGCAAGAGCUUGGUAAUUUUUUUGAUCAAAUAAUAUUAGCUCGAGACUUCUCUUGUUUCCGAUUUCCUGUCAACAGGGACAUACUUAGAAAUCUCAAGUGUAGAAUGAAAUCGGAAACACCAUCUACUUGUCCUCCAGCUAAACAAAACCAAGAGGAUUUGGAGUUCAACUAGAUUGCCAAUUCCUUGGAAGACAGAGUUUCUUCUUUCUUUCAUUCUUUCCAACAGCCUAGAGCUUUUGACAAUCUUUGUUUUAGGCAAACUGCAGAUGUUGUAAAAAUUAGUAAUAGCUGAUAUUCCUCUGUAAUAUAUAGCUAGCUUGCUUCAUUCAAGGCCACGGUGCCCCGUGAUGUAUGUUGCAGUCUGUAAAUUCAUAUGUCUACAUGUUUAUGUUUCAAA